AUGGCAAAGCGGAGUUCACUGUUCACUGAGCCCAGCUGUAGAGGGGAGGGUUGCUUGUUACCGUGGGCAAAACAUUUUGGAGAGAUGCACGGUGGUCACGUUGCGGUCCUCUCGGCCCGCGCCUAUUUAAGGGCACGCUUCGGCCACCCGCACUCCCACCUCAUCACUUGCCAAAAGUUCCCUUCCCACCGGAUGCUCUCCGCUCCCUCUCUCCCCGCUCCGCUCUCAGGCUCCCUAGCCCAGUCCCCGACCGCCCCGGAGCAGCCUCCCGUUGCAGCGCAGCCGGGCGUCCAUGGCAGGAUUUCCUGCAGGUCAUUGGUUAUUAAUGGCAAGAUAAUUGCUGCCAUGAUUAGAAACUCAAGUACAGAAAUCAAGGAAUUGAUCGCAGCAGCGUGGAAGGAGUGCCCAAAUUGCGAAUAUCACAUGCAUAAUGACGAUGUUUCAUCACAGUGGCCAGGACUCCCUGUUGGUGUUAAGUUUGAUCCAACUGAUCAGGAACUGAUUGGACACUUGGAAGGAAAGGUUGGGAGGGCAGCAUCUCAUGUACUAAUAGAUAACUUUAUUCCAAUGAUAAAGGAAGAGGAAGGAAUCUGCUAUACACAUCCCAAAAAUCUCCCUGGUAUCAAGAUGGAUGGGAGCAGCAGCUAUUUCUUCCACAAAAUAUCAAAUGCUUAUGAAGUUGGCAAGCGCAAGCGUCGCAAGAUCAGCAAUAGUAAUGCCACUGAUUGUGAUGAGAAGAUGAGAUGGCACAAGACUGGAAAAUCUUCACGCAUCUUGGAUAAUGGCGUCAUAAAAGGCUGGAAGAAAAUACUGGUUCUUCACAAGUGCUACAAUAAAAAAAGAGUUAAAACUAACUGGACGAUGCAUCAGUGUCACCUUGGGGCAGAGGUAGGUGAAAAGCACGGGGAGCUUGUUGUGUCGAAAGUCUUUUGGCAGGUUAAAAACAACACUCGGAAGUCGCAGAUGCAUGUUGCUGAUGUCGAAUCCGGUUCGGAAAUCAAUCCUACAACCCCAAAUAUGUACCCUCCACAGCCUCGUCGUUUAAGCGGUAGCCCAUUGGAAACGGAGCAGAAUCAGGAUGAGGAAGAGCCUGGCUCAUCUGCAUUUCAGGGCAAUGCGGCACCGCCUCCACUGUUGAACACCGACAUCCAUGAGAAUCCGACGCCUCUCAACUUCACCGACAUAGAAAUGCUCGACGAAUUACCCGACUUGGAUUCUAUAUUAUUGGAUGAUAGCCUCGACUGGCUGUACGAAAAUGAGGCAUGGCGCAAAGAGGAGGAGCACCGGUCGGAAGAGGGUUCUGAAGUAACCGCUCAACGCAGAGAAACUGCAUUUCCUUGUGAUGUAUGA